AUCUAUCGAGACAGUAGUUGGAUCGUUUUUGUAGCAACGGUGGACACGAUUUUGAAAAAGUAAAGUUUAUUUUUAGUCUAGACAAAUAAAAAAAAGGCGAAUUAAGACGCGCGUUACUGACAAUUUUGUGAUUUUAAAAAUAUUUUCUACGAUUUACUAACGAAAUUAUCGGUCGAACAACCUGUGGUGAGGCUAGCCGUUUUAACUUCCGCAGGAUUUGGGAAGUGUGUUCCGGUUUUUUGUAUGGCCGAAAAUUGUACAAGUUGGUUAGGUUUGUUCUAGAAGUGUGUGCGUGAAAACAGGAAUCCAGCCGGGAGGAGUUGCGAAGUCGAUUCUCCGGGGCCGUUCGUUUUCCAUGCCCAUAGAAUAUUGUCUACAUCGAAUAAGUGCGAAUGGUAUUCGUUUCGAUUUAUGAAGAAAAAAUGUGCUCAAAGAAUAAAGGGUCGUCAAACUUCGAAUCCUAUCGAAAUUCAAUUGAAUAAACCUCUGCCCGCUUUCAAUUUUAUGGUUCAUAAAAGCAAAAAGUGUUAAAGAGAAGGCAGUUGAAAAUUUUCCUGAAAUCUUAUCCCUGAAAAGGGAGCAGGUGCAGAAUCCCAACCCAGGAGUAUAAAAAGUAUUUCUACAUCAGUGUGUUAGUGCAAAGAUUAAAGAAGGGCGAUUCCACCCCUCCACCAGAAGUGAAGUAAAGUGGCCACUUUCUGGAAAUUGAUAAUCCGAGUGUCUGUGUCUUUUUCGGUUUCCGAGGUCUUCAAACCAAAAGUGUGUCCCCCUCUCAGAUGUGUUGCUAAGCUACUUAAAAGCGAAGAAGAACCAAAAUCUCGACCCCUCCCACACAAUUUUCCCCCCACUGACAAGCCACCAGGGAAAUGGCCGUGGCUUGUCUGAAGACUUCGAAUCUCCUGUACUCGUCAUCGUCGCCUUCCGGUUCUCUACUGUCCGGUGCCAGCUCCCUCGGAGCCGCGAGCACAUCCUCGGCCACAAUGAACGGUGCCAGCGGAGGCCAUUUGGCGGCCACCAGUCAGCUUACCCGGUCCCUGGAACGGAUCCUUGAGGAUGCCAACCUGAGCGGGGAGUUGAAGCUGAGCGGCCGGAAGCUGAAGGAUUUUCCCAAGGCUGCCGGGAAGUUCAACCUCAGCGAUACGGUUAUUGCAGAUCUAUCCCGCAAUCGGUUCUGCGAACUGCCCGAGGACAUCACAUCGCUGGCCUUUCUCGAGCGGCUGCUCGUCUUUCACAACGCGAUCCGCUCGAUUCCAGACACGAUCCGCGGACUGCAUUCACUAACAUACUUAGAUCUAAGGAACAACCAGCUGGCGGUGCUACCGAGAGAGAUUUGCUUCCUGCCGUUGCAGGUGCUUCUCCUCUCCAACAACCGACUGGUGACGCUCCCGGACGAGCUCGGGCGGAUGGAGGAACUGACCGAGCUCGAUGCCGCCUGCAACCAGAUCACACAUCUUCCUCCCCGGAUGGGCGACCUCCGGAAUUUGCGAUCGCUAACACUCCGGAACAAUCAGCUGGUGUACCUGCCCCGGGAUCUCACCUGUCUGCAGCUGGUGUUCCUGGACAUCAGCAGCAACAAAAUUGCCACCCUGCCGGUGGAGCUGCGACUCAUGGGCACCCUGGUGGAUCUGGAGCUGUCCAACAACCCGCUGACCUCACCACCGGCAAGUUUAUGCGUCCGAGGCUUAGUUCACGUGUUCAAAUUCCUGGAAACGGCCGCAACCAAAGAGGAAAAAUCCAAAAGUGGCCUCGAUGGUCACGCCACCCUUCGGAGGUCGGCCCUGGGAUCGAAGAAUUCGUCCGGCAGCUUGUUGGACAACAGCCGGAACCGGAGAGCUCACGUAGACUCCGGUUACAGUACCAGUGAUGGCGGAUUCGAUGGUAAGCGUUGGUCUCAGGAAGAACCGCACGAGUUUAGCACAUCCUACUAUAAUAGCACAAGCAAUAGCACAAGCACAACGACCGGAAAUGGUAGUGGCACCUAUUCGCCGAAAUGGUCACCCGUUCCGUUGCACACCGGUUUCGUGACCGGGAAGCCACCACCCACACCACCUGCACUGGGCAACUCGACCGCGAGUCCCUGCCAUAGUUCUACUAAUAUGUUAUCGUCUACCACAGGUGGAAGCGGGUUUUCAGCUUUACUAAGCGGCGGAUCUGGGGAACGAACCUUGGAAGAGGAGUUCAGGAGAGGUGUCGCACUGCAGGAGCAAGCAGAGCGGAGAAAGCUAGCAAAUAAUAAUAGUAACGAUAUUUCACCGGAAGGAGAUCUUACCCCUGAUAGUAUGAAGGCUGACGAUAAAAUGCGCUCGUUAGGAAAUAUUCAAACUUAUAGGGAAUACAAGGAAGCGCUCCGUCAGCAACGGGCUCAAAGUGACAUCUACCGACCCAAAGAUCAACAGGCACACACCCCGGACAGUGGAGGCUCGACGGCAGAUUCUCCGCUGAGCAACUUCUCCCCCUACAACAAAUCGCAAGCGACCACACCUUCACCUUCCGUCUACAGUAGCAGUAACCAAAGUUCACCACUCUCACCUCAUCAUGGUAACAUCCACAAGCUGAACCAAAUCAACGCCAACAACGGCGGUACAACGGCCACGUUCAAUCCGGGCAACAGCUCUAGUCCACUACUAUCGCCAAACCGAAACGCCAACGUUGCCCCAUUCGAGGAUUCCGGCACUGGCACAACGAACAGCACCUCUUCAACCCCGAACAAGAGGCCCGUUCAAAAGGUCAUUCCAUCACGAAAUAUUACCUCCACAUAUCAAUCCAGCAGCCAAUCGCCGACGCAUCUGAACGGAAAUCACACUGCCUCCAAUGGCAAGAUUCCGGUCGCCAACGGAACCCCUGUAAAAACUCCGCUAACCAACAGUAGCUGUACGACCGAUUACGCUUACGUGAAACCCAACAGUCCCUGUAAGGCUUCCAGUGGUAUAUUGUCCCACAACAAUGUUCCUUCGUCGAUUCCGAAACCGACCGCGAAUGGGGGAAGUAGUUCCCCGAAUGGGAACCAAAAACCCCUAACCGCAACGGUCGGUUACGUUAACAACGGCAAACCGGGGCAGAAAACAAAUAAAACUGUCUCCUGGAAUCGGGACGUACCCACGACGGAUAAGCUGAGCUUUACGAUGCGUCGGGAGUUUGACAAGCAGAAGGAGGAAACCGAACUGAUCGAUCAGUUGCGACAUAUAAUUGAAGCGCGACUGAAGAUGACCCUGCCGGAGGACAUUGCUCCGGCCCUGACCGACGGGGUGGUGCUGUGUCAUCUGGCGAAUCACGUGCGGCCCCGGUCAGUCAACAGCAUCCACGUGCCGUCGCCGGCGGUGCCAAAGCUUACCAUGGCACGGUGCAGGCGAAACGUGGACAAUUUCCUCGAUGCCUGCCGGAAGAUCGGAGUCGAUGAGCAGAACCUACUGUGCUGUGCGGCCGAUGUCCUGGAAGGGCGUGGCAUCGUCCAGGUGGCCAUCACGGUGGUGGAGCUGCUCAAAUUUCACAACCCGGCCGCCAACGUCCGAUCGCCGACGCGAAGUUUCUACAGCAGUAGUCCCGGAAAUGGGACAGGAACCGGAAGUGGCCUCACGACUACCACCAUCAUCACCAGCAGCGGAAGUAGCAGCAGCAACAGCAUUAGCAGCAGUAGUAGCGGCAGCAACGGGGGACCGAAAAGUGCAACCACCUCGCCGAUUUCGACGGUGGCCGCUGCUGGCGGUGCCGGAAGUUCUUGACCGGAAGGAGUGCUGCUGCGAUUCGCUGAAGGUUGUUUCUGCCCGUCGCAGGAACGGGACCGUGCCGGAGAUUCUUCACCCGGACAUCGGACCCCAUCGGAAACGGUGGUCUUGAGUCCGCUGAGCCGAGCUACCCUGGAUGACGAGGUCUGGCGGAUCUAAAUCCGGAGGUUGUAUAGUGUAGUAACUUGUGUAACAUUUUGACCCAAAGGGUUUCGUUUUAAGGCUAGUUUUAAUUUGUUUGCAUGCAAUCUCGGCUCGGCGAAGUGGCUCGUCCCUAAAAAGGGCGAAGUGUCGACGAAGCUUGCAUGGACCUCAAGUGACAUAGGACAUCCCAAAAAGUAGUAGUCUUGAUCCUAGUAUCUCUCAAUGUAAUAGUUUACGUUUAUAUUUUUGAUUAUGUCUGGAUUGAAUCGGCCGAUCGGACGAAUUUUUUGAAACAAUUUUAUAUAUUCGUUAUAAUUUGACAUGCCUCACUUUUGAAAAAAAUCAGUAUGAAGUUGGUUUUUAAUAUUGUAAUUAUUUUGUAUGAAAUUUUUAUCAUUUUCUAAUGAAAUAAACAAAAUUAUGAUUCAAAUAACAGGGUUCGGCAAUUGAAGUGCUACAUUGUAAGCAGAAACUUUUUCAUUCAAAUUUAUAUAAUUUUACUUCAAAACUAGUUAUCUACUUUUUAAACUGUGACCCAAAGAUGGGUUUUGAUUCAAACAUUCAGUCAGCGAAACUUUUUUGUGAAGAAAUGAAUCCAACCGUGUAAGUUGAAAUUUCAGGGAAUAGUUGAAAAUUGAUGUUGGAAAACAUGCGAAAUCGUCUUGUCUCCCGGUAGGAAUUGAACCUACAUCUUGCUCCUCUCCAGGGCCCAUGUAUUACAGGAGACAACCUGCCGCAUGAAAGUUAUACUGGUCGAGUGUCGAAGUCUAUCGGAAUGAAGGGAAUUGUUCUCUUAUGAUUUCAUUUCACGGUAGAUGGACUCAUAUUUGGAUAUUUUUAGCAACGGCAAGAUUUACAUGGCCUUCUCAUGUACUGUACUUGUUGUCAGUUAUGAUGAGAAUUUAUGCGUUUGCCGUUUUAGGAUAUCCAGCCAAGUUCAGUGUUUGGCACCGCCUUAUUAACCUACUUUUAGGAAAUUCAUCAGGACAGCUCGACUUUUUGCCCUUCAGGCCACUUGCUGCUGGAGAUCAAAAAACUUGUCAUACGGACUCCACGGGGCGUUUUUGGUAUAAUAUUCCCGGAGAAAAACCUCUGCAAUCAAAGUUAGGUGUUUCUUGAUGUCAAUGUGUCAAUAUACGUAAAAUAUGAAUUAAUAACACCAUCAUCAAAGCAUCCCUCAUCCUCAAGGGUUUUGUUCGGCCGGUGCUUGUGGUUCAAUAACCCUAGCCGCUUGGAGAAGGGCUUCUACCUGUGCAGCAGGCACUUCUUGUUUUGCUGGCAAGCCGUUCUUCCCUGGACUUAGGUGUCUAUCAUGGCAUUUAACUGGACUUCUCGCUGUGGCUUUCGGAUCCACCCUCCAUAACGCAUUAAUGGUGCAUCAUUUUCCAGUUUAACCAGCAAUUCUUUUGCUAUCCAUGCCACAUUCUUAUAAUUUUGAGAUGCAACAGCGGUCAUGUCCCCGCCGAAUGCAUAGUAUGGGUUCUUUUGGACAACCCGAAGAGCUGCUUCAACGUGCACCAUCUCUGCACCGAAAAAUCCUAUAAUCUGACCCCAGAGAAAAUCGAGAUAUGAGUUAAGUGCACGCCGGAUGGUCGAGAUAGCGGUUAGUCCAGCCCCGUGAGCCUGUGCAGGGGUAGUCACUAGCCUGUCCGCGUUGGCCGGUAUUCUCCCUAUCAUGGCAGUGAAUACUUGCAGGGCCUUAGCAGCCGAAAUGAUCGUCCUAUACGUCGCGUAGACGAACUUUAUUUGGUCAACAUCUAAGGCGGUAUUGACCUGUAUACCAUCUCGGAUAUCGUCCGAGAUCUUGUUCAAGGACGCAUCAGUAACUGUUCCGCGCUUGGCAAGAGAUACUAUGGCUGUAGUAUAUUCAGCCACCACACGGAAGAGUCCUGGCUCGAAUCUGAUUGUCCCUUUGUCCGUAGACUCUGACCAGCACUGCACUUCUUAUUUGGGCUGGUGUGGGGUUGUCGGCUGUCAGACCAAACUGGGCUGUAGUAGUCGGUUCAUCAGCUUGGGAGUACUCCCCUAUAUUGUGGUAAAUAUACCUGCACAUAUGAUUGAGGAGGUCUAAGGCCUGCUCCUCACCCAACAAAAACUCAUUGGUGAUGGGUAUCAUUAGCCGGCCACACAACGGUGCCAUUUGCGACACUCUUUGGUUCGCGAGGUGGAGAUUACGAACCCUAGCCCAUACUAUCAAGCUGACAAAAAUCAGGUCCUUAUCGGACAUGAUCAUCGUAGACGGAUCCUGUUUCCAGUACAGCCUUGUCUGAAACAUUAUCAGCUCCCUGUAUGCCGAGCCUGUGGCCAGUCUUCUAUUUGUGUUUAACGCAUCCCACAUAAUGGCGAGAUCUGGGACACCAUUGCCUACACUUACAACAUUUGUCCCAGCAUUCCUUCCUGAAUGGCCAAAGGAGUCAUUAGGAUCCUGGGGCUGCCCUGCUGGAGCUCUUGGAGAUGUCAUUUCUUGAUAUUCAAGUGCGUCAGUGUAUUCGAGACUCUCCGAACUUGACGUAUCAAUUCUUAGGCCGGAUUGUCAUAGUGAUAGAUAAGUGAUAAACCGCAAGUAGGAAAUAUCAGUAAUAUUCCAGUAAACACUUCCAGUGCUUAUUGACACAAAUCCUCUGACAAAAUCUGAAUCUGAGCGGAUAAAUCCCGUGCUUGGGAUAAUUAAAAUCUGUAAAUCCCGUGCUUGGGAAAAAUAAAAACGUGAGUGAGUGCUCGUGAUUAGUGAUUGAAUACGGCAUCUAACUGAGAUCACUGAAUCAACCAUCCGGCUCGAAGGACCACAAAUCCCCUUCGAUAUGCGCUGUUUCUUUUCAUUAUGGCAUCAUUUCUAGUGAGAAGAGACAGCGCAUAUCGAAGUUGCCGUUUCUGAGAGAUAAAAGGGACGACUUUAUUCUCCUACAGGUCUUCUUAUCUUCUAAGUAAUUUCUUUCAGUUCUACCCGCCUGAGUCACUUUUGAGAGUGGUUUACUUAGCCCCAGCCGGAGUCGAGAUGGUUUUUUUUUGUCGAGAUACGCUGUGCGAACGAGAGCUUUUGCUCGAAAGUAACUCUGAGAUCUUUUAUCGUUGAAACUCUUUCUAAUGUGGAAUCAUCGAGCAAAUAGUCGAAUACAAUUGAUGCUCUAGUAUUGAAAAACUUAUGCAUUUACACUUUCCAACGUUCAAUUCCACCUCAUGCGUAUCACACCAUAACAAUAAUUUGUUCAUGUUCUCUUGAAGCGCAAUGCAAUUUACUAUCGAGUCAGGGACUCGAUUAGUAAAUUGUAAGUUUUUAGGUCAUCGGCGUACAGUAGUUUAGUCGAGUUGAGGUAGGUAGCUAUGUCGUUUAUGAAAAGUACAAAGAUAAGCGGCCCUAGGUGACUACCUUGUGGAACACCAAAUAGCAUAUCGAAUUCUGUAGUGUUUUCCUCGGAUGCGGCCAUUUUAUUAUCCAUGGAGGGAACCCGUAGUGUUCAAGCUUUGUUAUUGCUAUGCUAUGGUGUAGUUUGUCGAGAGCCUUGGCAAAGUCGGUAUAUUUUGCAUUUUUUAAUUGUUGCGAUGGGCAAUUCAUUUACAACAUCAGAUUUGCCAGCGUCGAUCUUUUCUUUACAAAACCGUGCUGGUAUUCGAUGGGUAUCGGUUUAGCUGCUGAAAAUAGCCUUUGAUAUAUCAGAGACUCGAGCACUUUGGAAAAGCAGCACAUGAUUGAUAUGGGCCUGUAGUUUUCUACACGGUGAGAGUUUCCAUAUUUUAGGAUUGGAGAUACUGAAGCAACUUUCCAGUGGCUGGGAAAAGAACAUUCAGAGCUGUUGAAAAUUAUACGUAGCGAUACGGCAAGAGAUUAGGAUUGUUCGAUCUUCUGGAAAAGAUCGAUUCCCAAGAUCGAAUGGUUGAAUGGUUCUAGGAUCGAUCCACCUAAAAAAUCGGAGCAAGUAGAUCGAUCUCUGCAAGAUCGAUCUUUUAAAUUUUUGUUAGGAGCGCUGCACGAGGGCUGCAUUAUGCUGAAGUAAAUAGUGACAAACGAUAGGAAAGCUUAUAAAUUUCAACAUCGAAUGUAUGAGCAAUAAAAAAAUAUGUUUUCAAAUGCAACGUCAGAAUUUUUAACUUUCCGUGAAUUUGGUUGAGUGUAUAUUAAGCUUGCCAGAUUGAGCGGUUUAUCCGGGUUUUCCCGGAUAUGUAAUACAAAAUGGGGAAAGUCCGGUCCGGCCCGGUAGCCCGGUUUUUUUUUAAAUCCGGAUUUAUUCAUUCAUUAUUAUUAGAUUGAAAAUAUGAGGUUAAUAGUUCUUUAUUUCAAAAGUAUGUACACAAUGUAAAAAUUCUAUAAGUUCUGUGAAAAUUUUCAAUAUUCUGUGAUUUCUAAUACAGAUUCUGUGAAGAAUAUUUGCAAUUCUGGCAAAUUUCAGAUUAUUCUGUGAUUUCGGCAACCUAGCUAUGAGACUUGAAAGUAUCGAUAAGAACUUAAAUCUUGAGCCGAGUAAAAUGCUUCAGAAUAUUGUAGCUUAAUUCAAUGCUGAAUGAGCUUUCAAGCAACCGUUCUAUGGGACUUAAGAUUAUUUGAGUAUUUUAUAAAUGUUCUGGUUUUCUCAAGAAUAUAGAGGUUAAAACGCUAGGACUCUAUCCAAGAUCAACCAAUCCUACUAGAGAUGCUGCGAUUUUUUAUACCAACGACGAUGGAAUUCCUUUCAGGACCGGGUCCUUUCGACGGAUCGAGCUUACUCAAAUCAAUAGAAACCUCCUCAAUAGUGAAAUCAGGCUGUGGCAUUCGAAGUAAGCAUCGUCAGAGUUUAAGGUUUACGAACUAUACACACUGCUGAAAAAUUCGGCAUACAAAUCAGCUGACUCGUAGUACCCGAUGUGCGGUCUUAGAACUUGACAGAUGAAGAAACAAUUUUUGUGAGGCGGCGGCUAUUGAUACACUUCCAAAAAGUAGAGGGAUCUUGCUUUCAUCACGUUCAAUAUUCUGAAUGUAUAGUCCAAAGGUGGUUGCGCAGAGCCGAAUAUUCGUCUUCUUGUCUCAAUAGGUGUGCUUUAUUAUUAUUAGUCUUACUUCGGAAGUAGCCGAGUAAAAUGCUUCAGAAUAUUGUAGCUUAAUUCAAUGCUGAAUGAGCUUUCAAGCAACCGUUCUAUGGGACUUAAGAUUAUUUGAGUAUUUUAUAAAUGUUCUGGUUUUCUCAAGAAUAUAGAGGUUAAAACGCUAGGACUCUAUCCAAGAUCAACCAAUCCUACUAGAGAUGCUGCGAUUUUUUAUACCAACGACGAUGGAAUUCCUUUCAGGACCGGGUCCUUUCGACGGAUCGAGCUUACUCAAAUCAAUAGAAACCUCCUCAAUAGUGAAAUCAGGCUGUGGCAUUCGAAGUAAGCAUCGUCAGAGUUUAAGGUUUACGAACUAUACACACUGCUGAAAAAUUCGGCAUACAAAUCAGCUGACUCGUAGUACCCGAUGUGCGGUCUUAGAACUUGACAGAUGAAGAAACAAUUUUUGUGAGGCGGCGGCUAUUGAUACACUUCCAAAAAGUAGAGGGAUCUUGCUUUCAUCACGUUCAAUAUUCUGAAUGUAUAGUCCAAAGGUGGUUGCGCAGAGCCGAAUAUUCGUCUUCUUGUCUCAAUAGGUGUGCUUUAUUAUUAUUAGUCUUACUUCGGAAGUAGCGCUGGCUUUUCGGACCAAAAUGCGGUUUAUUCGAAGUUCAAAAUUCUACCAAGGAAGUUUAUAAGGCUUACGGUGGGUGGAUCGUCUAGGGGGCGUAAACUCGCCGAAGCUGACAGUAGAAUACAGAAACCGCAUCAACGACAGCCAGAUCUUCGAAAACUGAUUGCCAGUUUGUCUCAUCUAAUAAUUCAGCAACUCGUUCGACGUUGCAAUGCGAAAAGUCUAAAUUUUGUCUGAGAGGGCUACCCAUGUCCAUAGGCUCAUCAGAACUAUACUCAAGGAGUAAAUUUAAUGGCUGAUGAUGACGGUCAGUGUUUAAAAGAGCUUUUGGUGUUUGCACAAGUCCACCUUGAUCGGGUUAUAAAAAUGAGGUCAAGAACUCAGCCAUUAACGUUUACGAGGGAACAUAACUGUGAUAACCUGGAAGCUAUCGGACGAUUCGAUCACAGCGUUCUGUGAAGCGUUCACUGGCAAAAAUCCAUUUUCAGUCUCGUCGUAGCUCCAAUGCAUACUCGAUAGAUUAUAAUCCCCAGCUACAACGACGAAAGCUUAGCAUGCUGCAGUAUUCAGGAUAUAGUCGGACGUGUGUGUGUGUGCGGUGCACACAAAGAAGUUUCGCUAUUGGGUCUGAAGUAGACACAACACAAGAAGACGGAUUCGCUCAACUGGUGCGAGAUCCGGUUCGAAGGACCAAUAUUUGCCGUGUCUCAGCCUCGCUGUCGGUUACUUGCUGUUCGAAGCCGCAUUAUGGUUGGGCCUGGAUAUCAGGGUCUUUCCUCAGUCAACAAAAUAUCCACGCUGUUGUAUGUAUUGUCGGCGUCUUCGUAGAAGGUGUUCCCAUGAUGGAAUAUAAGAAGGACCUACGUGGUGUUGUUCAGGUGGAGGUUCUGUCCAUACCUCUAUAUCUCGAUCGCUGUUCCUGUUGCCCGUGGUUUUUUGUUCACCCCACUCAGACCGCUUGAGCUUCGAUCAAUCAUUUUCUCAUGGUUGAGAGACGACAUAUCAAACCCCCACUCGAUACAUCUGACCCACUGAUGUCCAACAUAUUAAAACCGAUGGAUAGACAGGGCACAGCUGAAUUCGCUGUUCAAUUUGUUAGUUGUUUUAUAUUCGAAGUGAGAAAACAGCGGCAAUAAAAUGUUCUACUGUCCACAUGUUAAAGAGCCAUAGGUUGCCUACUUCCAUCAUGAACCAUGCUAUGUUGGUACUGAUCAUCAACAUUGUAGAGGAGGCAAUAGAGUCGAACCAGUGGCCCAUGGUCUGACGACCUGCCAUGACUCCUGUCCAAUGCUCUCCCAACUGCUCGAUUCGACCACCUUCUAAUGACCCAAUACGCCCCACGCUUUUCCGUGAUACCUUUCCGACAACCCCAGUGAAUGCGGCCUGAAGACUUUCCAGUGGCUCCGACUCCAUGACAGGUCGUUGAGCGACCUCUCAGUUGCCCCUCUUGAUUUUACGGAUGUCCGACAGUCUUCCAUGGCAUCUGAACCGACGACCUACCAGUGACUCUGGCUCGAUGGCAUUCCAUGGCUUCAAUCCGAUGCCCUUCCACUGGUUUUUCCGGAUCUAAAUGAUUCCGAAUGGUUCCGCGCUGAAUGACUAUUCAGUAGCUGCCAAUCUGUACUAUCUUUCAAAAGAUUCACGGAUCGACGAUCUUUCAAUGAUACUGGUUUGGCGACCAUUUCGUCGAUUCUGGCUUGACGAACUUCCAACUUCUCCGGAGUGUUGGGAGGGUUGAACAUUUUCGGCACGAAACUGACCUUAUUGUCCACCAUUGGCAUACCACUUCAGCACGUCCUCGGAGUAGUGGCAUGAGGCCAAAUCCGGCCAUAAGAUUGUUGGACGUUGUGGACCUUCAGGAGAGGAAGCAGCUGCUUCAGGAGGCACUCUUUCAUGUACACCUGUCCGUUCAUCGUGUCCUGGGUCACGAAAGGUGCAGUUCGCUUCCCGCACGUGCAGGUGGCUUGUCAAACCAGGAAUUUCUUCGCAAAUUUGGACAUCUUCUGAGUGCGGACAUGCUCCGAAACGUUGAACUUAUCCUUGGUCGUGAAAAACAGGUUGCCGGGGAUCUGUUUGAAGUCGGCCUUCACAUAUGUUUCGUCGUCCAUGAUGCAGCAUUCAACUUUCGUCAGCAUGUUGAGGUACAACUUCCUGGCAUGGGUUUUUGCGGAUUUGUUCUGCUUCUCGUCGACAUUACGGGUCAUUUUUACCGUAAACGUUCGAAGCCCAGCCUUAGUUUUGGCCUUCUGGACAAAGCUUCGGCUUACGUGCAGCUCCUUAGCCACAUCCCGAACGGAGGCGUUCGGAUUUCGGUUGAAGGCCCCAACUAAGCGGUUGUGAUUUUUUGUUGUUGUACGCAAUACUUUUUCCUUCACUUCUGGACUUCCGAUCGGUGAUCAAUCGUUCCUCGAACCGCUAAAUUACUCGCAAUACCGUGGAAUUCGCGAUUUUCAACGUUUUAGCGAUGGAACGAUGCGAGAGCUCCUUGUUCUCGUGAUGAAUGCGCAAGAUUUUAUCACGUACGAGCUGUUCUUUCGACUCGAGUUUUGAUCACAGGACUUAAAACUUGCGGGAUGUAAACAAUGCACUAUGAACUAAAUCCAUCCAAAUUUUCAUUAAAUUCUACCCAACGAUUAAAAAGUUAGACCAAUUUCGUAGUGUGGCUAUUUCAUCGUGGACAGCCUUCAAAAAGGUUAGAUCUCACCAAAUAAGUUGUCAUCCAGGGGAUAAAUUCUUCACUGAUUCAGAUCCGUUCCUUUUUAGUUGGCGUGACUGCUGAUGGUGUUUGAUACUAAGACCUUUUGAAACCGAAACUUCUGUAGCCGUUUUGCCGCUUCUCACGUCUUUCCGGUGUAUGAAAUAUCUACGGGAAUUUCCCAUUUGAUACAGCGCACUUCAUAAUUAGUUCACAAUAUUCACAUUCGCAGUUAAAAUCUGCGGGAUUCCAUGUUGGCUCAAUUGUAUUUAUACUAUUUUUACCUCUGGCAAAACACUUAUUUUACGGAGCGAAAUUUUUUGACGCCCUUUGCAAUGCAACGCCUACUUGAACUCCUCAAUGCUGGCUUGACGAACUUCCAACGAAACUUAUCUCUCGAACUUUUUCGAUUCGAAUUCCGGAGGUCCAAUGACUUCGGACUGACGGCCUCACCUAAUGGUUUCUGACUUAUUGACCUUCUAUUGUUUAGGUUAACUGAGCUCGGUCGUUUUAGUAAUAACUUAGAAAUUGAACACAUUUGUUUUAGCAUUUUGUUCGUGUAGAGACAUGCUGCCAAAUCCGUCCGGAGGAUCACCAGAAUGCUCUGUAAGCCUUCUGAAGAGGUUGAAACCGUUUUUGGAUGCUCGCUUUCAAAUAGACGAGUCCAUUCGUGGUCCAUUUUUGGAUUUAUUUCCAGUUUUAGAAUUUGGCAUUAGUAUAAUUUCAAUUCUAAGUUCGAUCGAUUCAAUCCCGACAGCGACUAAGGCUUCCAAACCCGUCUCAAUGCUCUCAAACGCAAAACAGGUAUCUCCUUCUAGCUAUCUUUAAAUGUAAAAAAACCGAAAAAAAAGUUAAUACCUAAAGUAACUCAAAUCAAAUAAUAUCAAACUAGUCCCUGAUUUGUCGGUUUGAUGUUGUGUCAAUAUUUAUCGUUCGUAUGUGAAAAUUAAAUAUCCAGGAAAAUAAACCAGUUUAAUUGCAAUCAGGUAACGCAAUAGAAGGAGAAAAAGUGUCGAAUUUUGAAGGUUAUAGGUGUAAACCAAAAAGAAACCAUUUGCGCAAUGUUCCGAAACGACUGAUGAUACUCUCUUUUGAUGGUACCUUUAUACCUAACUGUAGUAACUCGAAAGCAACAAAGGCUAGAAAUUGACGGGAGGAUGUUGAAAUGAUUCCGUUGAUUGUUGGCUUUGCAGAACGAUCUCGAUUUUAGACAAACUCAACUUCUUUAUAAUUGAAUAGUAGUACUAACCAAAAACAAAAAGAUAAACUAACCGUAGAUUUUUUAGCAGUUUUACAAAAUAUGUACGGGCAAAGAUAAGAGUUCAUGAGAGGGAAGCUAGAUUUUUGUAUACUGUGUAAAGAAACAUUUCUAUGUAGGAAAAGGCCAAAAAACGUUAGGAAUCAAUUUAGGAGAAAACGGUGAAAUCACUUUCGCCACGGUUGCAUCAAGCAUACAGAAAAAAAUGCUAUGCUACACACAAUAAUGCGAUAUAGAGUUUUGUUUUUGCCAAAACAUAAAUUAUAAUCCACAACUAUAACCAGUAGUAAGACGUUAAGUGAAGCAGAAAUACACCUCCUGAAAGCAAUCGAGAACCGUCUCAAUGUCGUUUUCUCUGGUAACGAAUCAAAAUGUCGCCGCUAAUCAUCGAAGUGAUAACGUUUUUUUUGUUCAAUGUUUCCGUUUCAUGAAGUCAGCAGCACACCUGUUUGCUGAAAUUAGUCAAAUACACAAACUGGAAUACUGUAGA